AUGGCUUCGGCAGACAGCGAGGUGAAAACCCUCCUCAACUUCGUCAACUUGGCCUCAAGCGACAUCAAGGCCGCCCUGGACAAGUCGGCCCCCUGCCGCCGCUCCGUAGACCACAGGAAAUACCUGCAAAAGCAGCUCAAGCGCUUUUCCCAGAAAUAUUCCCGCUUGCCCCGCUGCCACCACCACCACCACCACCUGCAGCCGCAGUUGCCUCCCGCUCGGGAGCGGAGACCGCCUGAAGGGAGGGCACGAGGCCUGAGCCCCGAGAGUUCGCUAGGCCGACGCCACGCGGCCUCCGGGGAGGCCAAGGGCGACAAGGCCUCCAAGGCCCCAGAGCGCCUCGGCGGUGAGGAGCAGCAGCAGCAGCAGCAGCAGGCAGGGACUUCGGAGGCAGGCGCCAGGCCCGACCAAGUACCCAUGAGGAAAAGACAACUCCCCGCUUCUUUUUGGGAAGAACCCCGGCCCCCUCCGGGCUCUCCCGGUGUUGUCAGUGGCGUGGUCUUUCCAAUGGGAGUUUGCUCGUCGCCCUCUUCUUCCUCGUCAUCCUCCAAAGAUCUGCCGCCUUAUGAGGGAAAGAAAAAUAAAAUAGGCCUCGACGACGACGGCACCGGCACGGUUCUCGAGAGCCCCCCGCGCAGGCCAGAGCCAGAGGCCGCCCUCAAGGGAUUGAGGACCUGGGGCUGCUGUCCAUUUCAGUACCACGGGCCACAGGCCACCCCCGGCGUCUACCCGCCCCCGCUGCCUGCCGCCCUGCCCCCCGCGGCCCCCUUCUCGGCUUUGGGUUUGUGGCGGAAAGAUGCGCCUUCCCCGACGGAGGGCGAGGCCUUCUGCCAGCCAGGACAGAAAGUGUAUCGGCCUGUAGUGUGGAAGCCCAUCCCCACCAAGCCGGCCGCGCCGCCCCUCAUCUUUAGCGUCUUCAGUUAUCUUUAGCUGUAGCGGCUCCCUUCAGUUUGCAAGGACCUCACUUCUCAAUCAUCAGGUUGCUCACAAUGCUGAUUUUGAAACAGUGCCUUAGGCUACUUCCAGAGCUUGAAAAAAACCAGCUGAUCUGCUCUUUAAUCUCAGGUCCCCCUGCUCUGGAGGUUCAUCAGGGAAUACAAAAAGCCAUGAAAGUGUCAAAGGGUGUUGAAAUCAAUCCAGUGUUGAUGUAUCAGGUCUCCUGCUAAAAUAUGUUCUCUUGGUGACCUUGGGCCAAUUAUCUCCGAACUUGAUCUACCUGGCAAAGAUGUUGUGAAGGCAAAGUAUGCAUGUGUGGAAUUUAAAAUAUAUACCCUUUGAGUUGUUUGAAAGAAGGGCAAGAUAAAAAAAAAAGAGUGGCAGUCUAAUUAAUAAAAUUAAAAAUAAACCACACUGUAGUUUGGUGGUAGACUGUCCCUGCCUGACUUAGCAAGAAAGAAUUAAUAACAAAUUGUUGAAUAAUGAAAUUAUUCAAGAGGCAGGGGUUUGUCUUGUCUGCACUGCCAAAAAAAGUAAGAAAAUGUUAAUACACACUUCUGUAAAUAAGGAUGCUGUUUUUUUCCUGACAUGUAAAUACCAAGACUGUUGCAACAAACAAAAAUAAAUCCCAUACAAUUUUUC